UUUGGACCUCCUGACUGUUUUGGAUCUGUCUGUAAUAGCAGUUGCUGCUGUUCAGUUGCUGCUGUUUUGCUUCACUCAUUACCCCAGAGAAAGAGAUAACUCUCAAGGUUUAAGCCAGCAUCAAGCUACAAGCAGAUCUAUGACAAUGCAAGGACCUCAACCUGCCACAGCCCCUGGAAUGCCCUAUGGCUCCCCUCAGCAGGUCCCUGGGACUUACCAAGGUGCAGGGAACUAUGGAUUCCAGGCACAGCCCAUGGGGUUCCCAGGUGGAUUUGUCCCUCCACCUGUGCAGAACCAGCCCACCACAGAUGGGACAAUCUGGAUGCCUCUCCCUCCUUCUAUUCCCAACUGCCCUCCUGGACUGGAGUACCUCACACAGAUUGACCAGAUAUUAAUUCAUCAACAACUUGAACUUCUUGAGAUUGUGACUGGCUUUGAAGAAAACAACAAAUACGAACUGAAGAACGCACUGGGACAAAGGGUGUACUUUGCAGCAGAGGACACUGACUGCCUGACCAGGAACUGCUGUGGGCCAUCACGGCCCUUCACCAUCAAGAUUAUUGACAAUCUGGGCCGUGAGGUGAUAGCACUGCACAGACCUCUCCGAUGUGGCUCCUGCUGCUGCCCCUGCUGUUUGCAGGAGCUGGAAGUCCAGGCGCCUCCAGGAACAACAGUUGGUUAUGUUGUCCAGAACUGGCAUGUCUGCCUGCCAAAGUUUACCAUUCAAGAUGAGAAAAGAAAGGAUAUUCUGAAAAUUACUGGCCCAUGUGUUGUGUGCCGGUGUUGUGAGGACAUUCAUUUUGAGGUGAAGUCUCUGGAUGAGACUUGUCCUGUUGGGAAGAUUUCUAAGCAGUGGACUGGUCUUGUGCGGGAAUUGUUUACGGAUACAGAUAACUUUGGAAUCUCAUUCCCAAUGGACCUUGAUGUGAAAAUGAAAGCUGUCAUGAUUGGUGCUUGCUUCCUUAUCGACUUCAUGUUUUUUGAGCAUACUAAUAAGCAUCAGCGAGCAGGAGUUUGGUAAUGAAAUCUAGAUAUUCUCUAUGGAAGAAGAACAUGGAUCUCCCAACUUUCCAAUGAAUUGCAGACCUCCAGUAAGAAUAUGAGAAAUGUAAAUGUUAUAGUUACAUUUCUGUAAGCUAAAAGCUUUAUGGUCUUUUCUAUUAUUUGAUUAAUCUGGUGAAAUAAUUUGUAGUAUUCAAAUAAGUACUAUUUAUCUGUUCAAUAAUAUAAUUUCAAUCAAUAAUAUCAUUUUGAGAAAUUUAUAGUAACCUUUUUUUUUCCAAGAACUCUGUAAUUUUGAAGUAACUAGUUAUAGUAGUUAUAAAUAACUACAAUAAUAAUACUUU